GCGUGUUUACACUUGCUAACCCCACAGCAGCAGCGCGGAUGUAGCGGCGUUCACCCCAACAUCUGCUUCACAGGGAAUCCACCCUCCGACUCGGGAGUCCUCCUCGGUUGCUAUCGCUGAAGAGCCUCCCCGAUGCCGAACACAGCAGAAGGUCAAGCGUCGAGUCUCACGCCGGAGCCCCCGGGGCUGCAGAGGCCCGCCGACAGAGAGCAGGAGUCCGCCCUCAUCAGCUCCCUGGCUCGCGACGCUGCAAAGAUGAGGCGGGCCUCGAGCGCCGAGCUCCACCUCCAGUGGACCUGCCCGGUCACACACUCCCGGGAGAAGUUCUACACCGUCUGCUCCGACUAUGCUCUCCUCAACCAGGCGGCCUCCGUGUACUCCCCUCCCUCCAGAAAAGGGGUGAAGGAGGAGGACGGUGGUGGCCCCCCGCUGGCGAAGCCCACUCCCUGCGUGGACCUGAGCUCCGGGGGGAGCGCAGGAGCCAGAGUGGGACUGGUCGGGGACUGUGACAUGGAGGAGGUGUCCUCUGCAAAGCCCAUCUUUGCCUGGGAGAUCGAUACAGCGGACUUCAACUCUGCAUACACCCGGAAACUCCGAGCCAGCAACGGCAAGAAAUGCAGCACCAAGAAGAUGAGGUCAUCUGAGAAACCCAGCAGGAACCUGCAGGACGUCCCUCCUCACGCUUCUCUGGAGGAGAUCAAACAGAGGAAGGUUCUGGACCUCAGGAGAUGGUAUUGCAUCAGCCGGCCUCAGUACAAAACCUCCUGUGGGAUCUCCUCGCUGGUCUCCUGCUGGAACUUCUUGUACAGCACUCUGGGUGCAGGGAGCCUUCCACCCAUCUCUCAGGAAGAAGCUCUGCAUAUUUUGGGGUUUCAGCCGCCCUUUGAAGAAAUCAAGUUCGGUCCCUUCACUGGAAACGCCACGCUGAUGCGGUGGUUCAGGCAAAUCAACGACAACUUCCGGGUGCGAGGCUGCUCCUACAUUCUCUACAAACCACACGGAAAACACAAGACGGCAGGAGAAACGGCCGAGGGCGCUCUGAUGAAACUGACUCAGGGGCUGAAGGACGAGUCCAUGGCUUACAUCUACCACUGUCAGAACCACUACUUCUGCCCGGUGGGGUUUGACGCCACGCCGCUCAAAGCAGCCAAGGCCUACAGGGGCCCUUCACCCACUAAUGAAAUGGAGUAUUGGAUCUUAAUCGGAGAGCCCAGCAGAAAACAUCCAGCCAUUCACUGUAAAAAGUGGAUGGAUAUAGUGACCGACCUCAACACACAGAACCCAGAAUACCUGGACAUUCGCCACACGGAGAGGGGGAUCCAGCGGCGCAAAACGAAAAAGGUGGGCGGGAACCUUCACUGCAUCAUGGCCUUCCAGAGGGUGAACUGGCAGAAGCUGGGCCCGUGGGCGCUGAACCUGGAAAACCUGCGGCACGACUUCGGGACAGAGCGGGGCCACAGAGGCACCCCGGAGGACACGGAGGCCUCCUCCAAGCGGCUGGCCCAGCUGGGCCGCUCCCACAGCAUGGGGAGCCAGAGAGACGGCAGCUGGAGGCGCCUGUCCCACACCGCAGAGUUCAGGCAGAGGAGCUCCCCGGACAGCGACCUGGAGGAGGACGCCGCCGACUGAAAACACGGACGCAACCACACCGCUGAAUGCAGGUUGGAGCUUCACCGGACGCGUUUCGGUGAAGGCCAGUGCUUACAAACACCAAGGAAACACUCAAACAAACACGCUACUAGCAAGUCCCUUCAGUUCUAUGAAGCAUGGGUGAAAGAAAAGUCUAUGGCGGACUCAGAACUGGGAGUUUGGGUGUCAGAGGGGUGUCAUCCCCAAACUCCCACGGGGUUUUGUUCCGAGAAGAAUCCUCCCGCCUCCUCAUCCUCACAUGCCAUGUUGCUCGGUGGUGCUCUCCAUGUGUGGUAGGAGGAAGGAUUUACUUUGAUAUGACAGAUGACCGACGUUUUAAUGACUAGUUAGAGAACUGAAAUAUUAAAUACUUUAAUGAUUUAAAUAUUUAAAACCAAAUAAAAUGAAUUAAGGUGAGUUUAAAACUGCUGGAGUUUUCUGGAUUCCUGCAGUUAUUAGGACUGAAGCUUCAGACUGGAUAAGCAUUAUUUUUGUCAAAUACUGCCCACAAUUCUUGCUAAAUCACUGGGUUUAUCAACAAAAAAAUAAUUUUAGAUGUCAGGAUAAAGCAAAAACCUUCUUACCAGCUUCUAUAAAGCCUGAACUUGACAACAGAAUAGAUAAUUAUUGGUCUGAUGUGAAAGUGUUUGUGGUUUUACUGUGAUUUUAGUUUGAAAUAUGAAAGGAUCUUUAAUGUGACUCAUUUUAAGUUCAUCUCCAGAACACAGAUUCACAGAGAUCAUCUCUGUGUGAGAUGACUCACUCGUCACAUCAGAGUGGAGCAACACAGAACCUCCAUCACAAGAUCAAACAUCCUCUGGUCCCUUACAAUAAAAAUGAAUUUUAGGACAGCAGAUUUUAUUUUCAAAGCCAUUUGCUCAUUGGCUCAAAGAUUUCAAAUCUCUCUUUGUGUUGUUUGUCUUGUAAUAUUUUCUCUGAAUCAUCAGAAAGCCUCCACAUGGAUGUCCAUCAGCACCUAAACUCUCCCUCAGUUUACUGGAUGGAGUUUAUCAUAAACAGUUUCUGAAAAUAAAAAUGUAAAUGUGUGAAGCACAAGAUCCAAAACUCUUCAUAGAACCUGCAUCUUCUUACUUUUUAUUUAUUUAUUUAUUUAUGGUUAAAUAACACAACGGGUUUUGUGUGAAACGUGUCUCCUUUUAGCUGUUUUUUUGUUGUGAGCUGCAGUUCCAUCGUUCACCAGCAGAGGGAGGCGCAGAGCCUCCUCUGCCUUCAGCUGGAGGUUGUUGUACAGGUCAGUCAGUGGACGUGUGCUUCAUGCUGCCGCUCCGUGGAAACGCUGUGUUGUGAAAGCCGACGUGUUGAGUUUGUGAACCCCUCAGUGACUCUUGUGUAUGUUCAACUUUGAAAAUGUGAAGCAGAGAAACAGGAUAAUAAAGUGUAUUUCCAUGUUUUUGUAUUUUUCUGCUCCUCGCAGCACUUUAGUUCACACCUCCUCCUGUCUUUGAUCAAACACAGGUGAUUGUGUACUCAAGAGUUUGUUGUAUUUGUUUAUUUUGCAAUAAAACACGAGUUUUUAAAUGAC